GCCAGGCCUCGCUCGCCCCAUCCACUACAGCCCCAGCCUCAUCGACCUUGACCGUCUGUUAUCGUUCGCUCACUUGUCGUCUCUCUCUUCCUCUCUCCACACUCCAAAUCCGCUUCCCCACACAUACUACACCCUCGCCGCCAUGCAGCUCACCACUCUCCUCCUCUCCGCCGUCUGCGCGGUCUCCGUCUCCGCUUCGCCCUCUUGGGGUCCUAGCCAGAUCCGAAUCAACGAGGACUUCAAGGUCCCUGGCAGCAACCCUCUCUUCUUCUGCGCCGACCCCAAGGACAAUCUCCUCGAGAUCGAGAAGGUCGACCUUUCACCGAACCCUCCUGAGGCCGGAAAGACCCUUACUAUCAAGGCUACUGGAGACUUCAAGGAGAAGAUUGACGAGGGCGCCAAGGUCCAUGUCCAGGUCAAGUACGGCCUCAUCACCUUGAUCAACCAGGAAGCCGACCUCUGCGACACCAUUACCAAUGUCGACCUCAAGUGCCCGCUCGAGAAGGGCGAGAUGACUCUGUCCAAGGAUGUCGAGCUUCCCAGCCAAAUCCCUCCGGGCAAGUACUCCGUGUUGGCCGAUGUCUACACCAAGGAUGGCGAUAAGAUCACCUGCUUGACUGCACACGUCGAGUUCCACCGGUAAACACUCCACGGUAUCGCAAAGGGCUCCAAGUGACGACAGGAUAACCGGUUCUGAGAGAAGUCUGUAGAUCUAGCCAAACUGCACAACCUGUACAACCUGUUCAGCCUGUACAACUUGGGAAUGCUUUCAAGAACGUCAACGUCAAGCGGAAAUUCAAACUGGCGGGUGCUGCUGUAAACGUGUUGGGCCACCAUAUACCUAUUCAUAACGAGCUGUAGGGGGGGUUGCUUUCGUGGUGGGGAUGCAUGUGCAAGUGGAUGAGACUGCAAGCAAUGUAAUGAUGGACUCUGUGGGGGAAGCUUUAUUCUGCAUUUCAAAUCUCUCUUUCGCGCUGGAAAUCGAUACCCAGCGUUCUUCUUUGUUCGAUGUCAUCGGCAUUCAUAUUUACAAAUCCAUGGAAGCAUACGGAGGAAGACGCAAUAGCAAUGAAAUCAUGACGGAAUGGACGAUAUGUGCCAACUAAGUGCUUG